GAGCGUAUUUUUAAAGGCUGCAGCAAUGGAGGGAAAGCACAGCUUUCUCCAUGGAACACUUGAAGCUACCAUCGUCCAUGCCACACCCUACACACCACCAUCUCCUUUCAACUGUUUAUUUGCAAGGGGAAAGCCUGCGUAUGUGACGAUAGAGAUAGAUGACAAGAAGGAAGCACAAACCAGCCACGAACACGACCGCGUUUGGAACGAGAACUUUCAAAUCCUCUGCGCGCAUCCACCGGAGACGACCAUUACAAUCACAAUGAAAACAUCAUUCUGCAUCUUGGGGAAGAUAAUCAUCCAGGCCCAUCAGAUUCUCAACGAAGCGAGUUUGAUUAAUGGGUUCUUUCCUCUGCUCAUGGAGAACGGAAGGCCAAAUCCAGAACUCAAACUGCGAUUCAUGUUGUGGUUUAAACCGGCGGCGUUUGAACCAAGCUGGAGAAAGAUGCUUAGCAAUGGAGAUUUCCAGGGGAUGAGGAGCGCCUCAUUCCCGCAACGGUCCAAUUGCCAUGUCACGCUUUAUCAGGACGCUCACCAUCUCUCCACCUUCCAACCUCCAUUCCUUCCUCCAAGAAGAUUGUGGGAGGAUGUGUACAAAGCCAUUGAGGGUGCAAAGCACUUGAUUUACAUUGCAGGCUGGUCUUUCAAUCCUAAGCUGGUGCUGGUGCGGGAUUCAGAAACUGAAAUUCCACAUGCAAGAGGAGUAAAGCUUGGUGAAUUGUUGAAGCAGAAAGCAGAGGAAGGUGUAGCAGUAAGAAUUAUGGUUUGGGACGAUGAAACAUCCCUUCCAGUUAUCAAGAACGAAGGACUAAUGAGAACCCAUGACGAAGAUGCUUUUGCCUACUUCUCACACACCAAAGUAGUAUGCAAAUUGAGCCGGAGAUCGCACCCCAAAUCCCCGCCAAUCUUCUCCCACCAUCAGAAAACCAUAACCGUUGACACCCGCUCAAACAUUAGCCCCAGCAAAAGAGAAAUCACGAGCUUUGUUGGCGGAUUAGAUCUCUGCGAUGGCCGCUACGACACAGAAAAACAUUCCGUGUUUCACGCGCUCAAAACAGAAUCACAUUGCCAUGAUUUCUACCAGACAAGUAUUGCCGGAGCGAGCCUCGACAGAGGCGGGCCAAGGGAGCCAUGGCAUGAUGCUCACGCCUGCAUCACCGGCGAGGCGGCUUGGGAUGUUUUGACAAAUUUCGAGCAACGAUGGAGAAAGCAAUUUGACCCUUCUUUGCUAGUCCCCACAUCCACCUUAUCAAAUCUUCUCAGCAGUAUUUCCUCCGAGAGGAAUUGGAAAGUUCAAGUAUUUCGAUCAAUCGACCAUUUGUCGGUUACCCAAAUGUUCAAAAAGUUGACCGUUGAGCAGAGCAUCCAUGAAGCCUAUGUAGAAGCAAUAAGGCGAGCAGAGAGGUUUAUAUACAUUGAGAACCAAUAUUUCAUUGGUGGGUGUCGCUUGUGGGACAAGGAUCAACAUUGUGGGUGCAGAAAUUUGAUCCCCAUUGAGAUUGCUCUCAAGGUGGUGAACAAGAUCAAAGCGAAGGAGAGGUUUGCAGUUUAUAUUGUGAUGCCAAUGUGGCCAGAAGGGGCGCCGGAGAGUGAAGUUGUUCAUGAUAUUCUGCAUUGGACAAGAGAAACAAUGUCGAUGAUGUACAAGUUGAUCGCAGAAGCAAUAAAAGAAAGUGGAGAGCCGGGGCACCCCAGAGACUACUUGAAUUUCUUCUGCCUGGCAAAUAGAGAAGAGGAGGGUAAAGAGGAGUUUCAUCCUCCACAUUCUCCUCACCCGGGGACACAAUAUUGGAACGCUCAAAAGCAUAGGAGGUUCAUGGUUUAUGUGCACUCCAAGAUCAUGAUAGUGGACGACCUAUACAUUCUGAUAGGAUCUGCAAACGUGAAUCAACGAUCCAUGGAUGGCCAACGCGACACCGAGAUUGCAAUAGGAUGCUACCAGUCCAAAAACGGCGAUGACAAGAUGAGCGGCGGUGAUAUUCACGCCUACCGUAUGUCACUGUGGUUCGAGCACACCGGAGGCGCCGAGGAUUUGUUCCGAUCGGAGCCCCAAAGCCUGGAAUGUGUGCAGAAGAUGCGCUCCAUCGGAGAUCAAAUGUGGCGGAUUUACAUCGGUGAACAAGUGGUGGACAUGGAAGGUGUGCACCUGGUGACGUACCCUGUGUAUGUAAGACAAGAUGGUUGUGUGGAGGAUUUGGGAGACAACGAGGGUAAUUUUCCCGACACGACAAUUCCGGUGAAGGGCCGGAGAUCAUUAUUGCUGCCACCUGUUUUUACUACAUAAUUACACGUAUACUCAGAAUUCAAUCUCUUAGAAAUUCAUUGUUCAAAUUUAGCCUAUUCUUAACCAUAUAUUG